AUGUCAAAAUCCUCACUAUACACAAAAAUUAGUCAAAUUAUAGGAUCGUACUGGGGCAAGAGCAUCAUCACGUACCGAUUGAAGCAACCCAGUCAACGGAUGAGUUUGAGCCAACAAAGAGAAGUCUUUGCAAAGGCGUUUGCGGAACACACAAGGCUCUGGUUUGUUGCUGUCAAUGAUGACGACCCACAGAAAGCUAAUAUUGAUAUCGUUUUUGCCGCCGGCGAUCAUGAAGAUGGAGAGCCGUUCGAUGGGAAAGGAAAUAUUCUUGCACAUGCGUUUUUUCCACGAUAUGGAGGAGAUGUUCAUUUUGAUGAGGAUGAAAUGUGGAGUGCGAACAAAUCAAAAGGAGUCGAUUUGUAUGCAGUUGCCGUUCACGAAAUUGGCCAUUCUCUCGGACUCAAGCACUCUGCGAACCACUUGUCCAUAAUGGCGCCGUUUUACAAACAGUACACUGGGAACGUAAUGCACCUUCACCAAGAUGACAUCCAAGCCGUAAAGAGAUUGUAUGGGUCACCUGUGAAGAUCAGGAAAAGAACAAACUCCAAUUACAUUUGGAGAUCAGAGCUAUGUACGAGACCAUUCUUGGAUGCAGUGACUACUUUGAAAAAUGGAACUGUGCUGGCAUUCAGAGGAAACAUGUUCUUCGAGUUUAAAACGAAUCGAAACCAGUUUAACCCCAAAAGAAUCAUCAAAUUUUUCCCAUUUGAUGGACCACUAGAAGCUGUUACCACUGAUCGACAUGGAAAUGUGUAUUUCUUCAAGAAAGACAUAUACUGGGUAAUGACCAAAUACGGUGAUAUGAUGACAGGUUACCCGAAGAAAAUAUCAGCAGGAUUGACCGAUACUCCAGAUGGUAUAAGUGCUGCGUUGUAUUAUCAUCACGAUGGGAAACCGUAUUUCUUUAAAAAAUCUUAUUUCUGGCAGUACUCUCGUCAUGGAAAACAACAAAAGUGGCCACAGCUGAUUGCAGCUAUUUUCGAAGGAAAAGAUUAUCCACCUGAAAUUGAUGCUGCUUUCCAACUGCACAACAAUGCAUCAUUUCUGUUUUAUCGAGACAAAUACUGGAAAGUUAGUGGUAGUCCGAUGAGGAUAGAGCCCGGGUACCCAAGAUCGCUUGCUAAGGACUGGUUUAAUUGUGCCUAA